CUUCCAUGGCCAAGUCAGACAUCAAUUUAUCACCACUAUCUCUAAUCCCCGCUUCUUUUGGAACCUCUCUCUCUCUCUCUCUCUCUCUCUCUCUCUCUCAUUUUCAUUCUGUUCUGUCUUUUCUUUCCUCCGGUCAUUAGGAGGGUGUGCCUGCUAUGGAAGGAACUACACUGGACGAAUUGGUUGAGAGACUAUUGGAAGGGCGGAAGAACAAAGGAAAACGCAUUCAGCUCAAUGAAGCUGAGAUUCGUCAGCUUUGUCUUACAGCCAAGGAGAUAUUAUUGCGCCAACCCAAUCUCUUAGAGUUGGAAGCCCCCAUGAACGUUUGUGGUGAUAUACAUGGACAAUUUUCUGAUCUCCUACGCUUGUUUGAGUAUGGAGGAUUCCCCCCAGAAUCCAAUUACUUGUUCCUUGGAGACUAUGUAGAUAGAGGGAAACAGAGUAUCGAGAGCAUAUGCCUUCUCCUCGCUUACAAGAUCAAGUACCCAGAUAACUUCUUCCUACUUCGAGGAAAUCAUGAAUGUGCCUCCAUCAACAGAAUCUAUGGAUUCUAUGAUGAAUGUAAACGCCGGUUCAGCGUUCGACUUUGGAAGACCUUCACAGACUGUUUCAACUGUUUACCAGUUUCAGCCAUCAUUGAUGACAAGAUCUUAUGCAUGCAUGGUGGGCUGUCCCCAGAAUUGGAGAGCUUGGAUCAGAUAAGAGCAAUUGAGAGGCCAAUCGACGUGCCAGAUGCUGGCCUAUUGUGUGAUCUACUUUGGGCAGAUCCUGACAAAGACAUAAAAGGAUGGGGGGAGAAUGAUAGAGGAGUUUCCUUUACUUUUGGUGCAGACAAAGUGACCGAGUUCUUGAAGAAGCAUGACCUUGAUCUAGUUUGUCGAGCUCAUCAGGUUGUUGAAGAUGGGUACGAGUUCUUUGCAGACCGGCAACUAGUUACGAUAUUUUCAGCCCCAAACUAUUGUGGAGAAUUCAACAAUGCAGGUGCACUCAUGAGUGUGGACGCAAGUCUGUUAUGCUCUUUUCAGAUCCUCAAACCCUGGAGAGGCAAAUCAGUUUAGCCAGAAAAGAUUACAACCAAUGGAAGACAAGGGAGAUGAUAUUUGAUAAAGAAACAAAAAAGAAACAUGGUGGAACAAGCAUAUGCUUAAUCUUCUGUGACUAAUGUCUAUGCUAAUUGCAGUGUUGAGAAACACAAUGAAAGCCCUUUCUGUUUCCUCUGUUGUAGAUCAUCCAGACUGUAAUUUAAGAGUUACCAAGCUCAAGCUGAUGUAUAUAUUCCCUUCCAGAUAAAGAAAGCUUGGACAUCUGAGCUAGAGUAUAAGUUAUGUAGGUGCAUUCGACCCUUCAUUAAUAAGAAGAGACAUUUAACUGAAUGAGAGUUUACAAAAGAAA